ACGAGAACCCCACUCUCUCAGUGUUCCUUUCUCGUUUCCGCAUUCUCCGGUUCGCCCAAAUUACAUCUGUUUGAACAAAAAUGGCGUCGGAAAUUGCUCGGAUCUGCAUUCAGCAGCUUCUGAAGGCGGUGAACUCCCUGAUAGGGUUAACCGGGCUCCUCGUUGUCGCGUACGCCCACUGGAAGUACAGCGCCUCUCUGGAGAGCAUUGGUAGCCGAGAUGAAAACCUUAACCUCUGGUUUCUCUACGCUUCUCUAUGUGUUGCCAUAGCUUUGUGUUUAGUGGCCUGCAUAGGUCAUGCUGGUGCAGAGACUGCAAAUGCAUGUUGUUUGAACUGUUAUUUGGUUUUGAUGUUUCUCCUUCUUCUGGUGGAAGUUCACAUCGGAACGUUUGUAUUCUUAAACAAUGACUGGAAAGAGUGCAUUCCUGAGGACCCAACUGGUGCGAUUGACGAGAUUAGCGAUUUUAUUGCAAGUAAUAAUGGACUUUGCCAAUGGGCUGGCCUGUUACUAAUGAUCAUCCAAUCAUUGUGUGCUACUCUUGCACUGCUUCUCCAUGCCAUCGUUGAGCCAAUGAGCAAUGGUGUGUAUGAUCCAAUCUCUGGGAGAGCCCCACUUUUGCCAACUUAUGUUCGUCUCCCAUUCCAUUGAUAGUGCGAUUUACCGCAAGGAACUGCAGAGGCAUGCAAUAAGGACGUUUGGUGUCUCUGGCUUCUUAUGAUGUGUUUUUGUAUAUUUUAGUUCUAAUGGUGUAAUAUGUGUGUAUUUUUUUCAUUAUUUGUGUUUAAUUUAUUUAACCCCUUUUUGUGUGCCUUUAUUGUGGUGUAAGACUGUUUUUCCUCCUACUAAUGAAUUGUGGAAUUCCAG